UUUUACACGAGCAAAGACCAUUGUUGCUGAGAGAAUUUUCUCCUUUUGUCUCCUCCAAAUCUCUCGUAGAAGUUCGCAUUACCUUCUGGACUGCGCUUCUGCUGAGUUGAUCACAUACUUCAUAGCUCAUAUUUACAUUUUGGAGGUAGCUGAGCAGAGCAAUUUGAUUUAUCACCGGCGACGUGGCGGCUGGAGAUACACACUUUAUUGUCAACUAGUAAGGUGUGAGAUGACGGUUACGCCAAAGAUAUCCAUCAAUGAUGGGAACCUCGUGGUUCAUGGGAAGACCAUACUGACGGGAGUGCCCGACAACAUCGUGCUGACUCCAGGAGCAGGCGUGGGACUUGUUGUUGGUGCAUUCAUUGGUGCUACGGCUUCAAAUAGCAAAAGUCUCCAUGUUUUCCCCAUAGGCGCCUUAGAGGGUCUCCGCUUUAUGUGUUGUUUCCGUUUCAAGUUAUGGUGGAUGACUCAGCGAAUGGGGACAUGUGGGAAGGAUAUUCCUUUGGAGACUCAAUUCGUGCUUGUGGAGAGCAAAGACAGCACUGAAAGUGAACAUGAUGAUGCCCCAACCAUCUAUACUGUGUUCCUUCCUCUCCUUGAAGGCCAGUUCCGGGCUGUUCUUCAAGGCAAUGAGAAGAAUGAGAUGGAAAUUUGCCUUGACAGUGGAGAUAAUGCUGUUGAAACCAACCAAGGACUUUACCUUGUCUACAUGCAUGCUGGGACGAAUCCCUUUGAAGUCAUCAACCAGGCUGUCAAGGCUGUUGAAAAGCAUAUGCAAACUUUUCAUCACCGAGAGAAUAAGAAGUUGCCCUCUUUCCUUGACUGGUUUGGCUGGUGCACAUGGGAUGCGUUCUACACUGAUGUCACAGCAGAAGGUGUUGAAGAAGGUCUUAAAAGCUUGUCAAAGGGAGGAGCUCCUCCACGACUCCUAAUCAUAGACGAUGGUUGGCAACAGAUUGGUGGUGAAGCCAAGGACAGCAAUUGUGUUGUACAAGAAGGAGCACAGUUUGCAAACAGACUAACGGGAAUCAAAGAGAAUGCCAAGUUUCAAAAGAAUGGUAAGAAGGAUGACCAGGUACCAGGCCUGAAGCUUGUUGUGGAUGAAGCCAAACAGCAUCACAAUGUCAAGUUUGUGUAUGUGUGGCAUGCUCUAGCAGGUUAUUGGGGUGGAGUACAUCCAGCCGGUGCUGGUAUGGAACAUUAUGACACUGCUUUGGCAUACCCAGUUCAGUCUCCGGGUGUAAUGGGUAACCAACCAGACAUUGUCAUGGACAGUCUUGCUGUUCAUGGAUUAGGUUUGGUGCACCCAAAGAAAGUCUUCAAUUUUUACAACGAACUUCAUUCCUACCUUGCUACAUGCGGAGUAGAUGGGGUCAAAGUUGAUGUGCAGAACAUUAUUGAGACCCUUGGUGCUGGCCAUGGUGGCAGAGUUUCUCUCACCCGCAGCUAUCAUCAGGCCCUCGAAGCCUCCAUUGCACGUAACUUCCAUGACAAUGGAUGCAUUGCUUGCAUGUGCCAUAACACUGAUGGGCUCUAUAGUGCCAAGCAAACUGCUGUUGUAAGAGCUUCUGAUGACUACUACCCUCGCGACCCUGCUUCUCACACCAUCCACAUUUCCUCUGUGGCCUACAACACACUAUUCCUCGGAGAAUUCAUGCAACCUGAUUGGGAUAUGUUCCACAGCCUACACCCAGCUGCUGAUUAUCAUGCUGCUGCCCGAGCUGUUGGAGGGUGUGCAAUUUAUGUUAGUGACAAACCUGGCAACCACAACUUUGAGCUUUUGAAGAAGCUAGUCCUCCCUGAUGGAUCAGUUCUCCGUGCCCAAUUGCCGGGCAGGCCCACACGUGACUGCCUCUUUGCUGAUCCAGCUAGAGAUGGGACCAGCUUGCUAAAAAUUUGGAAUGCAAAUAAAUGCACCGGUGUGGUUGGUGUGUUCAACUGCCAAGGUGCUGGCUGGUGCAAGGUUGCGAAGAAGACCCGAAUCCACGAUGCAUCUCCUGGCACCCUCACCGGUUCUGUGCAAGCUGCUGAUGUUGACAACAUAGUUCAAUGUGCUGGUCCAGAUUGGAAUGGGGAAACAGUAGUCUAUGCCUAUAGAUCAGGGGAGGUAACUCGGUUACCAAAAGACGCUUCACUGCCUGUGACACUAAAAGUACUGGAAUAUGAACUUUUCCACUUCUGUCCUUUGAAGGAAAUCACGGCAAACAUUUGCUUUGCUCCAAUAGGAUUGCUUGACAUGUUCAACACUGGUGGUGCUGUGGAGGAGUUUGAAGUUCAUAUGCCCUCCAACAAGAAACCAGAGCUCUUCGAUGGCGAGGUUUCUUCUGAUGUUUCCACUUCUCUUAGUGAAGACCGAUCUCCAUCUACAACAAUUGAAAUCAAAGUCAGGGGAUGUGGCCGGUUCGGUGCGUACUCUUCCCAGCGCCCACUUAAAUGCAGAGUGGCCGAUGCUGAGACUGACUUCAGUUAUGACGCUGCUACCGGAUUAUUGAUUCUGACUCUCCCUGUCCCGGAAGAGGAGAUGCACAGAUGGCUGAUUGAAAUCCAAGUUUAA